AUGAAUAUAUCAAAGUUAAGACGGCCGCAAUCGGUCGCAAUCGGCCUCAAUCCCACUGACUACAAGCACAUUGACUUUCUCGCCACCAAGGGCGUCAUUGUCGGGUGUAACUGCAGCGGUAUUGUCGAGGAGGUCAGUCCCGCAGUUACCAACGAUCUCAAGGUUGGGGACAGAGUUGCUGGAUUUGUUCAUGGAAGAGGCCACCACCCUGGGCAGAUCCGCGCCGUCACGGACAACAAGCUACGUCUUGCCUUUGACUGCAUCGCCGGUCAGGAGUCCGCCGCCAUCUGUGCCGAGGCGAUCAGCAGCAAUGGCGGCACCUAUAGCAGUCUGCUUACGGUGCAGGAAUUCCCACGCAAGGAUGUGGUCAGCCGGGCCACGCUGGCUUACACGGGGAUUGGUGAGGCCUUCCACAAGGGACUGAAGGAGUUUCCAGCCAAUCCGGGACAUUUGGAGUUCCAGGUUAAGUUUUGGAAGUUGGGCGAGGGAGUUGUUGGCGCAACCUAA